AUGGCACAGCAGAUGCGCCUAACGUCUUUAACUCUAUUUUCCUUUAUUUUGCUGCAGUUAUCGUUGUCUAACGAACAAGUGCCUGGUAAUGCGGAGAUUAGCUCAGAUGACCUAUCAUUGCAAGAGGGCAGAACUACAAAUAAUGGAGUGGUUGGCAGGAGUGAUAGUGCCUCAUUUGGAGACAGCCCAUUGCUCGCUGCUGACAGCUCUCUCAAAAGAGUACUGCAGCCUUAUGACUGGCAGCUGCACUCUCCACCUCGCACCAAACGGAAGCUGCUGCAGUCUACAGGCACGAUGCCCUACUCUACUUUGAAUGUGGCUUACAAUGGCAAGACAUGUAUCCUCUUCAGAGCCAGGAAACUGGCGAUCAGGUAUAGGAACCACACCCUGGUGGACCUCACUGAGAGGGCAUUUGGUCCUGCUGCCACUGUUGACACCAAAGGCUCAGUCUGCAGCAAAGACAAAGCCACACUCAUUCUACGCUUUGGGGAUGUAGAGGACCUCAGAGGUUUAGCCAUCAGACUGCAGAUGUCCAGCACUUUCUAUGAGUCGGCAGGGCAGAACUGGUUUACUCUGGACAGCGUACACAUCCACUACAACUGGACGCAUGAGGCCACCUUCAAUGCUACUGAGGUUUACGCCCCUUCAACUAACUCCUACCACUGCCAACAUGUCAGCAGCCUACAGAAAUAUGACACUUUACUGGUGCCCAGCUCCAAUACUGACAACUCUGCAAACUGGCACAUUACAUUCACAGACUUCCAGAUUCAGGCAUUCAACGUCCAGUCAAGCAAGUUUGCCUCAGCCAGUGACUGUGCCACUUUCUUCACCCCUGCUAUUCUUAUGGGCCUCAUCACCUCUCUCAUCCUUCUCCUGGUACUCGCCUAUGCACUGCACAUGGUGGUGCACCUAAAGCACAUCGACCGCUACGAAGAGCACAAAGCAACCGUUUACUUCCCUCGCAGCACCGAAGCUGACUGCACAGAGAAGAACAACCUCUAG